AUGAUUACAGACGACCACAUUUGUGAAAAGAUGAACUUGGAAGCCUCAGAAGCAGACAUUCUUUCAUCAGUCUCUGCGUCAACAGGAAUACGCAAACAAACCACAAGAAAUGGAAUCAGCAGCGAGGUAACAAAUAAUGGCAUUGCCUCAGUAGCCCAGAACAAGGAUGCGGCAAUAACCACCGCCAAACAGUUGUUUUGUACUUGCACUUCAAGAAUGGGGAAAAGUAAAAUAGCAAAAAAUAAUGAACUAAUAAUCAGAACCUUCAAAGUCGAGGCAGACACAAGACCAGCAGGGACCGACACUCCUAGUAUACUAACAAACUCAGCCGCCUCCGGCUUAUCAUUACGGGUCGCAAAAGUACCCUGA